GGCCUUCUGUGUCGUUCGUUGUAGGGACUCUCUAGUGCUCUCUCAUCACCGACACGCUUACAAUACAAUCCCCUCUCGCCUGUCGUAGCCCUUGUCAUUCCCCGACUCAUCCGUUCCCUAGCCCACGGGCCUCUUCCGCAACUCCUAACUAAACCAUUAGGCCGCACCAACAGAGCACCGCCCACCACCGCAUCUCCAUCCGCAUCUUCAGUCUAGCUCGCCCCUCCAGCGAGCAAUCUCCCAUCACAUCGACAUACAAUCGAUGUCUGGCGCGUGAGCCGUCUGGACAAUUCGAGUCGACUAUGCGAUUCUUGCGAUAAGGCGCGACCAUACUCUGUCUCGGAGAUAUUUUGACAUCACCUUCCACCGUACGAAUCCAUCUAAGCCGACUCCCCCCCGUUUCGUUCCAAAAAUCAGGGGUCUUCAGCGACUUGACCGCACGAAUACCUUUGCAUACCACCGCCCAAAAUGUCGAGCUCAGGCACAGGCUUUCUCGGCCGCUCGAGUAGCAGCAAUGCCAAUAUGCGUGGAUUGGUUCAGUUCAUUGCUGAUCUCAGAAAUGCGAGAGCGCGUGAACUCGAGGAGAAGCGAAUCAAUAAGGAGCUGGCCAAUAUUCGACAGAAGUUCAAGGACGGCAGUCUUAGCGGUUACCACAAGAAGAAAUAUGUCUGCAAGUUGCUAUAUAUUUACAUCCUGGGCUGGAAUGUCGAUUUUGGGCACCUCGAGGCCGUGAAUCUGAUCUCAGCAAACAAAUACUCAGAGAAGCAGAUAGGUUAUCUGGCUAUGACACUCUUUCUCCACGAGAAGCACGAGCUUCUGCACCUUGUCGUCAACAGCAUCCGAAAGGACCUACUCGACCAUAAUGAGCUUUUCAAUUGUCUUGCUCUUCAUGCGAUUGCCAAUGUUGGAAGUCGAGAGAUGGGCGAAGCCCUAAAUGGGGAGGUUCAUAGACUCCUGAUUUCUCCUACUUCAAAAUCGUUCGUCAAGAAGAAGGCCGCUCUGACGCUCCUCCGAUUAUACCGCAAGCACCCAGAUAUCGUAUCGCCGCAAUGGGCGGAGCGCAUUAUCCACCUUAUGGAUGACUCUGACCUCGGCGUUGCACUUUCCGUCACGUCGCUGGUCAUGACACUGGCCCAAGAUAAUCUAGAGCAAUACAAGGGAGCGUAUGCCAAAGCAGCAGCUCGUCUGAAGCGAAUUCUUAUCGACGGCGAGUAUACGACCGAUUACCUUUACUACAAAGUCCCCUGCCCCUGGCUGCAGAUCAAAUUACUUCGACUUCUGCAAUACUUUCCACCUGCAGAGGACACUCAUGUUCGGGAAAUGAUUCGCGAGUCUUUGCAAAAGAUCCUGAACCUAGCCAUGGAGACCAAUAAGAACGUUCAACAGAACAACGCUCAAAACGCCGUGCUCUUUGAAGCCAUCAACCUUAUUAUCCACCUAGACACUGAACAUGGCCUGAUGAAGCAAAUUUCAACGAGACUGGGCAAAUUUAUCCAGAGCCGGGAGACCAACGUCAGAUAUCUAGGCUUGGAAGCUAUGACACAUCUGGCUGCGCGCGCUGAAACUCUGGAUCCCAUCAAGCAACACCAGGAAAUUAUUCUUGGCUCGCUCAAAGAUCGAGAUAUCAGUGUUCGUCGCAAGGGUCUGGACUUACUCUACAGCAUGUGUGACGCCACAAAUGCCCAAGUCAUCGUUGGUGAGCUACUGCACUACCUACAGAAUGCCGACUUCGCUAUCCGAGAAGAAAUGGUCCUUAAGAUUGCCAUUCUUACGGAAAAGUACGCCACUGAUGUGCAGUGGUACGUUGAUAUCUCCCUCAGACUUAUCGCCAUGGCUGGAGAUCAUGUCAGCGAUGAGGUGUGGCAGCGAGUUAUUCAAAUUGUGACGAACAACGAGGAGCUACAGGUUUACGCAGCUCAAAAUGCGUUACAAUAUGUCAAGGGCGAUCACUGCCACGAGACUCUGGUCAAGAUUGGCGCCUAUAUAUUGGGAGAGUUUGGUCAUUUGGUCGCUGACCAGCCCCGUUGCAGUCCUAUUGAGCAGUUUAUGGCUCUUCAGGGCAAGCUGACGGCAUGCUCUUCGAGUACUCGUGCCAUGAUUCUCUCAUGCUUUGUCAAAUAUGUCAACUUGUUCCCGGAAAUCAAGCCUCAGCUUGUUCAUGUGUUUGAGUUUCACAGCCACAACCUGGACUCCGAGCUUCAACAGAGAGCUUGUGAAUACUUGACCCUUGUGAAUAUGCCAACGGAUGACCUCCUUCGAACAGUUUGCGACGAAAUGCCUCCUUUCCCUGAACGACAGUCUGCACUUCUCUCCAGACUACACCAGAAACAUGCUAAUACGAGCGACCGAAGGACCUGGGUGGUGGGAGGAAAGGAUGCCAAUGCGGACGCUCGGGAACUUAGCAUGGGUACUGGAGCACUCAAGAGGACUUUUAGCUCGAAUGUCCCACUGAACGGCAAACCGAAUGGCCAGGUUGCAACUGGCACAAACGGUCAUAGCAAUGGUGUUGCCGAUUUGGCUGGGCUCGAUCUCAACGCACCUACACCAUCUGAGCCAAAGAUGCUCAAGGCCCCUAACUUGGCCAGUGCAGCUCAUUUGUCACCCGGAUGGGAGCAAGGAUUCAACAAACUUCUUGUUCGAUCAGACGGCGUUCUAUACGAAGAUGGCCAGUUACAGAUCGGUGUUCGAUCAGAAUAUCGUGGCCAGAUGGCUUGCUUGAUCACAUAUUUUAAGAACAAGACACCAGCAACUAUCAGUUCCUUCACAACGACAUUGGAUCUGGACGAGAACGAAAAAGAGAACCUUACCUGGGACGUCAAAAACCUCCCUGAUAGUACCAUUGUGCAAGGUGGACAGUCCCAGCAAGUUGUUAUGUUCGAAGCAAAGAAGAUUUUUGAGAAGAGUCCGACUGUACGCAUCAGCUACCUGGCUGGUGCACUACAGGCACUUACUCUGAAGCUUCCCGUGUCUAUACACAAAUUUAUGGACCCGGCAGAGUUGACUGCUGAGGACUUUUUCAAGAGAUGGAAGCAGAUUGGUGGUGCCCCCCGAGAGGCGCAGGCCAUUUUUGGAGUCAGUGGUAAGGGCGACAGAGAAAUCACAGAGAGCUUCGUCACAAAGACAGUGGAGGGUUUCAGAUGGCGUGUGCUGGACAUGGUUGACCCCAACCCCAAGAACGUUGUUGGUGCGAGCGUGCUGCACACAUCUCAAGGAGGCAAGUUUGGUUGUCUUAUGAGACUGGAACCAAACUAUGGACAACAGAUGAUUCGAUUGACUAUCCGUGCCACAGAUGAUUCCGUGCCGGCGGUCUUGUUGAAGUAUAUGCAAGAACGGCUUGCUGCAGGAAUCUCAACGGGACCGGAUCGAUUCGAGCCACCUUCACGGGAGCAGAUUUCGGACUCUUUCCGUAAUGUUAUGGUGACUUGAUGGGAGAACACGAUGUUUAUCUUCUAUAUAUUCGCCGGACAGGAGUUGUUAUAAUACCACAGAAGCAUAUGGGCGUUGGGGAACUAGCAUGAAAUCGGAGGAAGCGCUCAAUUAAAGCCAGUCGUUUAUUGGCUGAAAAGUUGCCUGCGUCGAUCCUCCUUGUAUAGUCCCUCUUUACCGCACAAGGCGAUGAAGCUGUGCGGAGUGAUCUGAUCAAGGAGGAUGCAGUUGUUACAUACCACGAUCUCUCAUUGUAAAUUGAAUGAACAUGAUGCAAAGAAAAAUGUAAUCAAGCG